UUAUUCCUACGGUAGAGUCAAGAGUGAGUGACCUACUCGUAGGGUAGCUGCGUGUCUACGUUGAUUGAUAUGUGUAUUAACAAUACGGAUGCAUUUGUUUUAGUGAGUAACUUUUAGAAUUAAUGUUUUAUUUGUAACUGAAUAAAAUGGAUGAUGGAAAACGAUGCAGGAAGCAUCAGAAUUCAGCAAAAGUCGCGAAGAAAAUGGGAAAAAGUAAAACACAACACCAGGAGGAACAACGUAAGGAAGGAGCACAUCUUAAAGGGAGAAUAGAAAACUACGAUACUUUGAAACCCUGUAUGCCCGACAGAGAUGAGGGUGAUGGUGAAUCUGUGCCUGAUAGCCCCAGUGAAGAUAAAGAGUCACCUGUAGCAGAAAACGAUAAAAGCCAAAAAAAUUUUAAUGUCAGCAUAGAAUUGGAUGUGAUGGCUGUAAUUUUGUUUGUUUGUGGUGUUGCAACACGAAUGUACAGGCUGGAAGAACCAAGGAGUAUAGUUUUUGAUGAGCUUCAUUAUGGGAAGUAUGUGAGCCUGUACAUGAAACGCAUUUUUUUCUUUGAUGCUCAUCCACCACUCGGAAAACAGCUAGUUGCUGUUGCAGCAUAUUUGGCUGGUUUUGAUGGAAACUUCAAGUUUGAUCGUAUUGGGCGAGAAUAUGAAGAUUCGGUACCUUUAUUUGCACUGAGAUUUGUACCUGCAUUGUGUGGCAGUCUCCUCAUGCCUGUCGUGUACCACCUGAUGAUUGAAAUGGGUGUGUCUCAUUGGACUGCAGCAUUAGCUGGCUUUUUGCUGUUGUGUGACAAUGCCUUACUGACACAGUCAAGGUUUAUCCUGAUGGAAUCAAUGCUAUUGCUGUUUGCUUUGUUUGGGCUUCUCUGUAUUCUGAAGUUUCGACACUACAGCACAGCCCCUUACUGUGUGCAAUGGUGGUUGUGGCUUGUUAUGGGUUCUGUCUCUCUCACAUGUGCCUUGUGUGUGAAGUAUGUGGGGUUCUUUUCAUGUUCUCUUGCAAUGGCAAUACUUGCACAAGAUUAUUGGAAGCUGCUUGGGAACAGGAAGCUGUCAGAUUCAGCAGUUGUGUUCCAGUUACUGGCCCGAUUAAUAGUCGUUAUUGGAGUGCCUGUGGCGGUAUAUCUUGGGAUAUUCUAUGCUCAUCUCUCAGUACUUACAUUAGCUGGACCACAUGACAGUGUAAUGUCAAGUGCCUUCCAGGCUAGUCUUGAGGGUGGCCUGGCAUCGAUAACCAGAGGACAGCCACUGGAAGUGGCACACGGUUCUCAAGUUACACUUCGUCACUCUCACGGAAGAACCUGCUGGCUGCACUCUCAUGCCCACGUGUAUCCAAUACGUUACCCAGACAAGCGUGGCAGCUCUCACCAGCAACAAGUUACUUGUUAUUCAUUCAAGGAUGUCAACAAUUGGUGGAUUGUAAAGCGUCCAUUAAGGAAUGACCUUGUGGUGUCACAGCCUGUAGAUGCCAUUCGACAUGGAGAUGUUAUUCAACUUGUCCAUGGAAUGACAAGUCGCGCUUUAAACUCGCAUGAUGUUGCUGCUCCAAUGUCACCACAAAAUCAGGAAGUGAGCUGUUACAUCGAUUACAAUGUGUCUAUGCCUGCUCAGAACUUGUGGCGAGUAGAUAUUAUCAACAGAGAUCAAGUUGGAGAUGUCUGGCAUACGAUUGAGUCUCUAGUGCAUCUUAUCCAUGUGAAUUCGAGCCAAGCCCUGAAAUUUAGUGGACGUCAGUUACCAGACUGGGGCUUCAACCAACACGAAGUUGUCACAGACCGAGCCAUUCAUCAAGACGAUACUGUAUGGAAUGUCGAAGAACAUCGGUACACACAAACUGAGGAUCAGAAAGAUAGAGAAAGGGAACUCGUAAAUGCAGAGAUGAUACCUCUGCGAGCCACAACACUUUCCUUCUGGGAGAAGUUUCUCGAACUUCAAUACAAGAUGCUAUUCUCAGAUCAAGAAAAUGUUCAGAACCAUAUGUACAGCAGUGAACCACUUGAGUGGCCCUCGAUGACUAGAGGUAUCGCAUAUUGGGUGAGCCCACACAGCAAUGCUCAGGUGCAUCUACUUGGAAAUCUUGUUGUGUGGUAUUCAGGCACUGUUAGUCUAUUACUUUACGCCAUUUUCCUCUGCGUGUAUGUUUUACGAAGAAGACGUCAGUGCUGUGAUCUGAACAAAGAUGCAUGGCAUAAAUUUGUCACUAUUGGUGAAAUACUUCUUGUAGGUUAUCUGUUUCAUUACAUACCAUUCUUCUUUGUGGAAAGGACACUUUUUCUGCAUCACUACUUACCUGCAUUUACCUUCAAAGUGCUAUUGACAGCUGCUAUGGUAGAACAUAUGCUAUAUUUUGUGAGGGAUGUCUUAAACUGGCAGCUAGUAUCCUUUUUCUUCAAGAUGUCCACGGCGUUUUGGUUGUUAGCAGUUUUUAUUGUUUUCCGUCGGUUUACAGUACUAAGUUAUGGAACGACAUCACUUACAACAGCAGACAUUUUGAGUCUACGUUGGAAAGACAGCUGGGAUUUCAUAGUUCACAGGCAAUAACCAUGAGACACGAAGAAAAUAUUUGAAGUGUGGAACAUUUUAACAGAAUAUGAAGUAUUGGCUUUCAUGCAAUUCUGAAACUGAACCCUGCUCAUUUUUAUUUUACAAGGCCCUAUCUUUUUACCUACACAUAUAUUUAUUAUGGCUUCAGAUACUCUUCCUAGUAAGAAAGGCAGCCUCGACAAAGUCACAAGUUGUACUUAUUAUUUCAGUGACUUGAAAACCAGUAAGGCCUAAUUCAUAAAUCUGUCAUUUGCAAGCAAGUUUGCAUAUAAAAAUGAUAGUUGACCCUGCAUCACGUAUUAAAUGAAUGCUCAGAGCAACUCAGUUUACUGAGUGCUUCCAAAACUACUUAACUGUAUCAUCAGGAGCAACUGCUCCUGAAAUUUGUGUAAGACAAUAUAUUUUAAUAUUUUGAGACUUUGUAAAAUAUUUAUACGAAAUUUUAUAUCUUUUUCCUUAGAGAAAAUGGCAACUCUUAAUUGAUUCUGCUGCGUUGUUAAUGAUAUUGUAAUAUAUUUCUUAAAUGUAAUGUUUCAUUUUAUACCUUUAUUUUUAAAAUUUUUGAGUUCUGAGAUGUUAUGAUACAGAACUGUACACGAAGACUGCGUAUUUCUUGACUAUAUUCGAUGUAGAAUGUUUGUAGCACAGUGACAGAAUCAGAGUAAAUCUGUGUAAUUUUAUUUAUGCAGUAACAAAGGGACCGAAUGUCAUUAGUGAAAAUUAAUUUAUUUAUUAAGUUAUAUAAAUAUUAUAUAUUUUAUUU